AUGAACUAUCUGAGGAGAUCCAACUCGAGCAGUGGGAACGCCGAGGGCGGGUCGACGGCGGCGACCGCGGCCUUGCGCAGCAUCUACUCGAGCACGGGCUCGGGCCAGCGCGCGCUCGUCUUCACGGUCGAGGUGCCCGAGCGCGGGCCGCUCGGGCUCGACCUCAAGGCGCGCUUCUCUGCUAACGUCCACCCGCAGCGCGGCGCCGUCGUCAAAGGCUUCAAACCCAACCGCCAUGGCAAGAAGGGCUACAUCGAGAGCACGGGGCGGGUCAAGGAGAAGGACAUUCUUGUACAGCUCCACGAUACCAAGGUCGACGACAUGCCGUUCGAUGCGAUCGUCGACUUGGCCGCGCAGCUGCAGGACAACCCGAUGGCGUGGCCAUUGCGGCUCGAGUUUAAGCGCGAACCCGAAGUGGCAGACGCCGAGCCCGCGAAACCAAAGGGCUUUUCGGGCUUCCUUCGCGCCGCGAGCAUGAGCCUCCCGGGUUUGUCGUCGUCAACUGCGCAUGCGAUGACGACGGCGCCGCCGCCCCCGACCAUCACAUCGGCCUCGGCCCAGGACGGGUCGUUCCAAGACAAGCUCAACUACUUUCGCGGCUUCUUUAAAGAUCGGUUGCCGACGUCGACCGAGAACAAGGCCAAGAAGGUCGACAUGCCGCCGUUACCGGCGUCCGACAUUGUCAACGACAUGUACCGCGAGCUUCUCAUGAAGCGCAACGUGCCCGAGGACGUCCUCGACGAGCUCGUGCGCAUCGAGAGCUUGGAGAACAAGUGGAGCAUCGUCUGGUCGGCCAAGCAGCACGAGAACGACGAGAGCAGCCAGGGCUACAUUGCCGACGCGAUCAAGAUUGCCGAGGCGCUUGUCGAGCUCCAUUGGGACAACAAAGGGCUCGCGCUCCUCGAGACGCUGCACCGCAAGAUCGCGUCGAGCACGGCCGAGUGGACCGACCAGUUUGUCGUGUCGUAUGGCCUCGACUACCUCACGAUGAAGAUGCCCGAGCCAUCGCCGUUCUCGAUCGAGCACCACUACAAGAGCUUUGAGAAGGCGAGCCGGUUUUGCGAAAACAUCAUUCGCAUCCUGCUCUCGCUCUCGCACUUUGCCAGCGGCAUUGACGCGAUCACGAGCACGCUUGGGCUCGUCGACCGCCUCGCGCUCUGCUUCCAUACCGAGAGCAGCGACGUCAAGAAGAUUACGCUCCAAGUGCUCGGCAUCAUUUGCUACAACAGCGCGGAAGGCCACCAAAGCGUCGUCCACAGCUUUAGCAACUACAAGGAGGUGAAAGGCGAGAUGAUCCGGUUCACGUGCCUUCGCGACGCGCUCAAGUCGACGCGCUACAACCUCCUCUUCAAGGAAGACGUGCUCAGCUUCAUCAACAUCCUCGUCAACAAGGGUCUCCGCGUCGAGAGCCGCAUUGAGAUCCGACAAGACUUUGUCGCGCUCGGCAUCAGCGAGUACUUUGAGGAGAUUCGCAUGAAGAGCAUGGCCAUGUACGCCAAGGCCGGCACGAGCAAGGACCCGGUCAAGAAGGCCAAGAAGAAAAAGCCAAAGUCAUCGACCCCACCCAUGUCCCCGGUCGCCAAACCGUCGACGCCGCCGCCGCCACCGGCCAUGGGGCGGCAGUUCUCGCAAGGCCUGCCGUCGCCCGGACGGUCGUCGGUCCUGCCGUCACCGGGCCUGCGCCGGCCCUCGCUGAGCCUCCCGCCGCCGUCGCCGGCCUUGCGCCAGACGUCAACGGGGCUCCCACCGACCGUUAAGAUUGGCGUGGCGGGCAAGAAGGCCGCGCUGCCCGAGCCGCUUGUGUCUGUCGAGUCGCCCGUCCACACGAACGAGCCCGUGAAUGACCCGUGGGCCGAGUCGCCGUCCUUCAGCUUGGACGACGCCAGCGGUUCCGAGAGCGACGAGGACGAUCCGAGUGCGCUCACGGCGACCGAACUCCAGAUUCGCGAGCAGCUGGACAACAUGGAGCGGCAGAUGGAAGUGUUUGAAGUCUUUAUGGAGGACGACCGGAAGACGACUCUGUACGGCACGACGGACCUCUCGUCGCUCGACAGCGUCGUGUCGUCCAUCAUGACGCGCGUGGUGCUUGACGAGGAGCUGCGCAACUGCUUUCUCUCGAUCCUCCAGCAGCUGCUCUUCAUCCCGGCCGACCAAGUGCUUGGAAAAGAGAUGUGGUCCAUGUGCGAGCGCGUCACCAAGGAGAUUGCGCUUUUGUCGCCUGUCGACGAAGUGCGCCGGUACGAGCUUAGCUUUGAGGACCGGAAGCGGCUCCUGAGCGCCCGCGACACGUUUACAGCGUUCCUCAUGGAGACUGCGCCAGAGCUCUCGGCCGGCGGCUUUUCCAUGGGCCCCAUCGAGCUUCUUCGCAACCGCGCGCCACACGACGAGCUCAGCGACGAGCUCACGACGUCGGACGACGACGACGACGAUGACAACAACUCGAUCGCGGACCCGGGAGAGAGCGCCGAGAGCGCGUUCCGGGCCAAGGUCGUGUCGAUGCUGCAAAAGGGCGUAUCGUUGGUCGAGAUCCAGCGCGAGAUGGGUCUCAGCACGGGUCUCCAAGUGCUGGCGCCGUACUUCAAGCUCCAGAAGAUGGGCAUGCCACUCUUCCAAGUUCAGAUGAAGAUGCAAGCCGACGGUUUGGACGCGAGCGUCCUCGAGCAGCCGGGCAUGUUUGUCGACGACGACGGCAAGCCAUUGCCGCCAGCCACGACGACGACGACGACGACGGCGCCGACGACGGUCAAGGCCAGCGAGCACGUGACGUACGCCAAGUUUUUCAAGCUGCUCAAGAUGGGCAUGCCGCUCGAGCACGUCAAGCUCAAGGCUUCCAGCGAAGGCGUCGACGCGUCGAUGCUCGACACCCCGGACAAGCUGUUGCCCAUUGACACGCCACCGGCAGCACCUGCGGGACCGGCCAUGGUGCCGAUCAAGGAGCACCCCAAGUACGCCAAGUUCUUCAAGCUACUCAAGAUGGGCAUGCCGGCGAUGCAGGUCGAGCUCAAGAUGCAGUCGGAAGGCGUCGAUCCGAGCAUCCUCGGUGACCCAGAGAAGCUCGUGCCCGACCCAAAUAGCACUGUGGCGCCGCCUGCACAGGCAGGCCCGGUCCUGGUUGCCGUCAAGGACCAUCCCAAGUAUGCCAAGUUCUUCAAGCUCAUGAAGAUGGGCAUGCCAGCUAUGCAGGUCGAGCUCAAGAUGCAAGCCGAGGGCCAUGAUACCUCGCUGCUGUCGACGCCCGACAAGAUGAUCCCGGAGAAGGAAGAAGAGGCGCCUGCGCCGGCAGGCCCAGUCAUGCUGGCGGCCAAGGAUCACCCCAAGUAUGCCAAGUUCUUCAAGCUCCAGAAGAUGGGCAUGCCCCCGCCGCAAAUUGAGCUCAAGAUGAAGGCGGAAGGCUGCGACGUGACCUUGCUCUCGACGCCCGACAAGAUGAUUCCUGAGAAGGACGAAGAAGCGCGUGCUGCGCCCGCGCAGCCGGUGAUGCUGGCGGUCAAGGACCAUCCCAAGUACGCCAAGUUUUUCAAGCUCCAGAAGAUGGGCAUGCCGCCGCCGCAGAUCGAGCUCAAGAUGAAAGCUGAGAACCUCGACACGUCCUUGCUGUCGACGCCCGACAAGAUGAUUCCGGAGAAGGAAGAGGAGGCCCCGGCGCCGCCCGCAGACGUUCUCGUCAAGGACCACCCAGACUACGCCAAGUACCUCAAGCUCAAAACCAUGGGCAUGCCGUUGCCGCAAAUCGAGCUCAAGAUGCAAGCCGAGGGCCUCAACCCGGCUCUCUUGGCGACGCCCGAUGCUGUCGUGCCGGCGGCCAAGCCGCUCAGCACCAACGUGGCCGUCAACGUGGCCAAGUUUGUAGCCAAAGUCAAGGCCAAGCCCAAGCUCCGCAACUUGUACUGGGAGCCCGUGGCCGCGCCCACUGAGACGUCGCUCUGGUCCAAGAUCGAACUCUCGGACGAGCACCAGAAGGAGCUCGACUCGCUCACAACGCUCUUCGCCUCGGCGCCGCCGGCGGCCGACAAGGAAAAGAAAAAGCCGGCCGCCAAGAAGAAGGUCGCGACGCGCGUCGCCCUCAUUGACGCCAAGCGCGCCAACAAUCUCGGCAUUAUGCUCGCCCGCUUCCGGCUGCCGUACCCCGAGAUCAAGCGCGCCGUGCUCGAGAUCGACCGCGACGUGCUCACGACCGAGAAGAUUGCGGCGCUCAUCCAGUUUGCGCCCGAAGGCGAAGAGCUCGAGACGGUCAAGGCGUAUACCGGGGAAGUCAAGCUCUUGGGCGACGCGGAGCAGUACUAUUUGGAGAUUUCGACCGUGCCCCGGUACGCGACGCGGCUCCAGGCCGUGCUCGCGACGUGGCAGUUUGACGCCAACGUCGAGGAGCAACGGCGGCUGAUUGAGAGCGUCAACGCGACGUGCGCUGCGCUCAAGGCCAACGAGGCGAUUCCCGAGAUCCUCAAGCUCGUCCUCGCCCUCGGCAACACGCUCAACGAAGGCACCCCGCGCGGUGGCGCGCAGGGCUUCAAGCUGAGCAUCCUCCUCAAGCUCGUUCAAGUCAAAGCGGCCGACAACUCGAUGACGCUCCUCAACUACCUCGCGAUCGUGCUCCGGAAGAAGAAUCCGGAGUGGCUCACGUUUACGGACCAGCUCGAGGCGCUCAACGAAGCGAGCCGCGUGACGCUCCAAGUGCUCAAGGCGGGCGAGGCCGCGAUUAAGAAGGCUUCGUCAACGGUCGUCUCGGAGCUCGAACUGCAUGCCAAGCUGCCGUCGAUUGCCGAAAAUGACAAGUUUCAAGACGCCAUUGCGCCGUUUGCCGAAAAGUCGGUCGCGACGUCGGCCAAGGUUGUGGAGGAGUUUGAAGCCAUGAUGACGACGUUCAACGAGUGCGUCCAGUGGUUUGGCGAAGACCCCGAGGCAGCCGGGUGCGGCCCCGACUCGUUUUUCUCGAUCUUUGUCAGCUUUGGGCAAAUGCUGGCGGCCGCCGACCGCGACAACGAGCGCAAGCGCAUCGCCGAAGAGAAGCGCGUGCGACGCGAAGCAGAGACGCGCAAGCGCAUGGAGGCGCUCGCGUCGUCCAAGCAGCAGCGGAAGGGCCUCGACUCGCUCAAGGAGGGCGAUGCGCAAGCCAUUGUCAAGAAGAUCCGCGGCAAGCGCUCGGAAGAGAAGCGCCGCGAGCUGCUCGAGCAAGGGUUUGACCCGACGUCGACCGACUCGAUUUGUUCCAACAGCAGUCGCCAGCUCAAGUCGCAAGACUCGCUCGAGGCGCCGCCAUCGUCGUCGACGCUCCACAAGAAGGAAGAGCGUCCGUAGUAAUAACUAUCAUCUUAACCUAAUCGUCC